AUGUCGUCGGCGGUAAAGCAGGACCUAGCGGUCAGCGGGAGCACUGCCACUGGCAUCGACACCGCAUCUCGAGGCGUGAUUGAAGAUGCAAACCACACGGCAGACCGCAGCAAUCAUACAAACGACGACGACGAUGUCCCCCAAGAUAUGGUGUCGUCUACACUGUCCAACAGCUCUGUCACAAGUCCGCCGUACUGGAUGAACGCGAGCACCCACCAGCGCAACAUAUCCAACAUUUCCGCCGAGUCCUUGCCAGUCGGUGCGAUCACCCUGCAAGACAACGACACGAGCGAGCACGACGAUCGGAACAAUGCGUGCUGGGCGAAGAGCGUCGAGAUUGUCGACUACACCAUUGUCAAUGGAGGGGCGACCAGUAUUGGCGCAUUUGUCGUGUGGAAUGUCCGCGUGGAAACGUUGACAGGAAGCUACAUGAACAUUCGGAAGAGAUAUUCAGAGUUUGACGACUUCCGCGGCAAAUUGGUCAGAUCGUUUCCAACUUUUGAAGGGGCAGUCCCGCCACUGCCGCCCAAGAGCGUGAUUUCCAAGUUUCGACCGAAGUUUCUGGAUAAGAGGCGGGCUGGCCUGCAAUAUUUUCUCAAGUAUGUUUCAUUCUUGCACAGGUUUCCGCUUCAGCUUAAGAGCUUACUGGUAUUGUAUACCAUGUGCUCUUACUGCUUCGUGUCCGGCGCUAACGAUGAGAAGCUGCAUAUUAUUAAAUCCAGAGUUUUCAGGGUCGCCGGUCCUGAAGGAAUUUCUCUUUUCCUGAUCCGCCACGGCAUCUGA